AUGUUUUCAUGCUCCAUCGUCGUCUUCGUCCUCCUUUCUUCCCUUUCCCUUUCCUUGGUCUUCGUCACUCCCAAAAUAAUAACCCUCACUACUAUCGUUGCCGCAGAGAUCCCAACCGAUUGGCCCUGGUGGAAGUUGGUCGAUCAGUAGCCCAUGACGUUUGAACACAUCGCGAGUUCGCAUUGACAGAAAACGAGCUAGCUCGAAGGUAAAUCGUCUCCGAAUCCUGUUAGUAUGAAACGCUUUCAGGCGAACUAAGGCUCUUUCGUCUUCAAAAUCCCCCCGGCAAAGCUUCGUGCGCCAAGUGGUUGGCGAUAGCAACGAUGAGUCGAUUGGUGCCUUUGCCAAGACCACCAUUCGUUGAAAAAGCAGCAGUAAGGAGGGUAGAUCUAGACGGGUUGAAAGUUCCCGCAUAGUGAUUUGCCUUACUUGCAGCUCGAUCUUCGAGGGCGGAUCCUGGCUUAAGGAUCGACUUGUCGAUGCUUCGACCCGCGGAUGGGUUGACGACUGUUACGUCUAUGAGAAUGGACUUGGUGCAGAGUUCCUCUUGCUUCUCUCCUGCGUGUCAUCCUGGGGGAUUACCAAAGCUAUCUUGUAUAGCCCCUUUCCCCUACCAGUGCCUGUGGUAAAAGGGGAAGAAUCCUCAACGGCGAUGGGCAUAUGGCACUCGCGCAGUGUCUUGAGGACUACUCGAACCAUCCUGUUAUGGAGGAAGGUUGAGGCGCCGGUCUUGGUGCAGACGAGGGAGUGGGCUCGGCUCAAGCGGUCCUUGCAUGGUAACAAUGCACCUGCACCACAAAGUUUGCCUGUGUUGCAGUCUGCUCGAUCGUGACUCCCCAGUACACGACCGAUUGACUCUCGAUAUAGAUCAGGCAGCAUUCUUUCAUCUGCUGACAACCCUUGCGUUGUCAACCACGACAAAACUCCCUUGCCUUUCGCUUCCUCCAAGCGGAUCAACGCCCUCUUCUUUGGCGUUUCCUCGCCUACUACUUUCUGCAAGUCUGUCUCCACCAUGUGGCGCACUGCUGCAUGAAGAGGUUUCGAAAGGAGAGCUUGGGCUCCAAAGACUUGGUAGUGUUGACCAAAUUCAUUUCGGCUGUAGGUGGACGGUGGUUGAUAUUCUACGUCAGGUUUUCCAUCUUCACUGGGUUUUCACGCCUUCCCUGCUUCCAACGGGUAAACUCCUUUGAGGUCGGGGGUUAACUCAUCACUUGUGGCAAGUUUAGCCCAUGACUGCCCAACAGCUUUUUCAAGCUUGUCUUUGGUGAUGAUUUCCUCUAGCUUCUUCAGCGAGUCAAUCAGAGCCAAUCCUGUCGGUAGCUGGGCAAGCCGGGGUAGACAUUGCUCAACUGUGUAUCCUGUCGAUGCUUGCACUGACUUGGAGAACACCAGCGCUUGCCCUGCCACAAAAGCCGAUUCUCGAAUGAGAACAUUGCUCGUGAUUCCUAGUCCUCCUUCUCGCAUGGGUAGGUGCACCUGCGCCCGAGCUGUCCCUUUGAAGAAAUCUACCUCCUCGCUCUUCGUCGGGUCUGCUCGUACUGCUUUGACUGUUGGUAUUCUCAUGCUGUCGGCCGUCUUGCCACGAUCUUACUCAUUGCCCACAUCAUCAUGUUGUCAUGUAUUUUGCGGCAGAGUUGGUGAUAGACGGUGCAAUCGUCCUCAGCAGAUGGAACAAACGUGGCACACCAGAUAAACGCAGCAGUUGAUAGCUGGCUUGAGGGUCGUCAAGCGUUGCUAGGCGGAGUAUCAAUUCCGCCGGGUCACCACGGGCGAUUUUGGAAACGAAAUUCCUCUGGAACUCCUCUGUUCCUACUGGGAUCCCGACAACUGGCAUGCCACCUUCAGCAACUGACAGACCAAUUUUCGUCAAUUGUUGCUGUUCGUCGUUUGUCAAAGAGGACAUGCAAAGACCUUCCGGGAAAAGCACUUUGGAUUUCGGGAGACUGAGCUCAAUGCCUUUUUGGGAGAGACGUUCCUGAAUCCAAUUCGUUACAGUGGAUAUGGCCUGCAUGUUCCUAGCCAAACCUGGUGGAAGAUGUGCUUGGAGGUCGUCGACGUAUCCGAUGAGUUUGACUCCUGGCACUGGUGGCUUGUUGUUGAACUCUUUCAUGAUAUCAAGAAGUCCUACACAGAAGCCAAACCCUCCCAAAUUGCAGCCUUGUUGAACUCCGCGCUGUGAAAGAACAACCUCGAUCGAACCAUCUUCCAUUUUGAACAGAAGUUUCGCCUUGGUUCGAGCGUAGAUGUUCCCGAAGUACUUCACCAAGUGUGGCGUAUGAGUGGCCACUGCUGGCAAGAUGGAAGAUCUGCGCAUGCUGUUGUAAGCGUUUUUCCCAUCAAAGGAGAGAAUGGUGCUGCCUUGCUGGUGGCUGAGGGCUGCUGUGGAAGCCACUAUUUCAACUCCUCCUGGAACACCACCUCCGAACUGAUUUGCUGCUUCGAAGAUGUUCGCAAUUCCUCCCUUGUACUGGCGGCAGAAGCUGCCGCUGAUGAUGCGACGCAAAACCCCUCCAACUGCAAUCGGCCGUUUUUUCUCUCCCAGCGCUGAAAGGUUGGCACUGGUGUGGAGGUUCCAAAAGAAAUCCGGAAGCUCGUCUCCGUAGUAGAAGACUUUAAAGCUGAAGUCCGCCAAGGUUUCAGUAAAAGAAUCACUCAUCCCACCAGCUUGGAGAUACGAAAAACGAAGACCAUCAGGCCCCGGAGCACUCUGAGGGUUGGCUUUCUUUACCGUCUGCUUGAUGAACUUGAUUUCGAAUGGUUCAUCAGCUUCGGCGACGGAGUCGAUCUUGUGCGUUUUUAUACGAUCUCUCGCAGCUUUGAUGCUGGAAUCCCACGCAGUAGCAAUAUCGUCAGGAUCUUCGUUAGGGUGUAGGUUGCGAAGAUGCUCCAGCGUGUCGUUGUUGCGCGGUGAAGGUGCUGGGGAAAUUAAGGCACUGGCAGCUUUAGUGAUGCCUCCGCUUUCGUGCGCAAGUCUUGUGGCUCUUCUUUGGCGAUUGUCUUCAGUAUCCGCAUAAUACUGAAGUCGACGAUUCUUCUCGUACAUCAUGAGCCAGGCGAUAGGUUCACUCAGAUCACCAUUUGCAAAGCGGUUAAAUCGGGAUACCCUGUUCAUCCUUCCAUCAGUCGAUCCAUGCAAUGCUGGGGUAAGAUGAAGCAACUUUGUUGCUCGGACAAGUUGGAGUUGUCUUUCAACACGUGCUACUUCAUAUCUUUCCGCUGCAAGAGGAGACAGAUCUGAGGUAUCUGACUUCUGCUGAUCUAUGUGUACAGCUCCAAGUGCUUGCACGAAGAGGAUGACGACAUGUUGGAAGUGUUUGCAAAAUACUUUCGCCAGUUGCGGAUCGAUGUGUUUGACUGUCGAAAAAAUUGACGUUUCAAGAGUAUCUUGUCGAACCUGAUCCAGGGCACUGCUGACGUCGUCGAGGUCCCAUGGUAAUAGGAGUUGCCGCCUGUCGUCAUCAUCCUCUUGCGGUGGCUGCAACGACCCAGAGAGAGAUGGAGACGAUGUAGUACCUGGUUCGCAACAAUGCUUGGUGCGUGGAGAGAAAAGGUCGCCGCAUGUGCCACAUGCGGCGUAACCAGGUGCCUGGCUGCUCGAGCGCAAGGAUCCAGGAGGAGACAAACUGAGUAGUAGCUCUUUUCCUCGACCUUUAUGCUGACGUUUUUGGUGUGUAGCCAGAUUCCUCGCCGUCAGGUCCAGGUACGGGUGAUGGUGGUGCCAAAUCUUGGUUCAUGACACCACUCAUUGCCGAUGCGACUGGAGGCUCCAGUGCAAAGCGAUUCCACGCCAGUCCAUCAGUAUACUGCUGCUGCUGCUACAACCUUCCACCACGCUACUGAGCGUGCGUGGUGGAAGUGGUGAUCUCACACGAAUUGGCCAAGGGAGAAGUUGUGUGUGUGUGUGUUUUUAUUAUUAGCAUCGACCGCGCUAACCGGCUGACCAAUGAAAAGACGUCAGUCUUAGUGCGGUUGAAAACACAAAACACUUCUAUCUACCAUGAACUGGGACCCCGUGAGGGGGCAGCAUGGGGGAGGCUAAACUAUCCUUCGGAUUAAAAACAGAAACAGCAGCAACAGACGAAAAAUGCACGCGUCUACCAAGGCUAUUACCUAGUACUCGAGUUCGUUUAGGAGUACUUUCACCAGUGUCCUCCUUGUUUUCGCUACCAUCAUUCUGAUCCUCAUUUCGACAAGAAGAAUCUCUGGGCAGUUCUUCCCUAGCCCUACGUUUCUUGUUGUGGGGAAGGUCAUCUGGCUCAAACCCUUUGCUCUCUUCCACUCCUCCAUGUUUUUCUGCUCCAUCGUCGUCAUCCUCCUUUCUCCCCUUUCCCUUUCCUUCGUCUUCGUCACUCCCAAAAGAAUUACCCUCAUUACUAUCGUUGUCGCAGAGAUCCCAACCGAUUGGCCCUGGUGGAAGUUGGUCGAUCAGUAGCCCAUGACGUUUGAACACAUCGCGAGUUCGCAUCGACAGAAAACGAGCUAGCUCGAAGGCGAACUAAGGCCCUCUCGUCGUCAAAAUUUUCCCGGCAAAAAGCUUCGUGCGCCAAGUGGUUGGCGAUAGCAACGAUGAGUCGAUUGGUGCCUUUGCCAAGACCACCAUUCGUUGAAAAAGCAGCAGUAAGGAGGGUAGAUCUAGACGGGUUGAAAGUUCCCGCAUAGUGUUUUGCCUUACUUGCAGCUCGAUCUUCGAGGGCUGAUCCUGGCGUUUGGAGUGACUUGUCGAUACUUCGCCUAGCAGAUGGAUUGACGACUGUGACAUCUAUAAGGAUGGAUUUGGUGCAGAGUUCCUCUUCUUUAUCUCCUGCGUGUAAUCCUGGGGGGAUCACUAAAUCCAUCUUGUAGAGCCCUCUUCCCCUACCAGUGCCUGUAGUAAAUGGGGAAGAGUCUUCAACAGCGAUUGGCAUGUGGCAUUCGCGUAAUGUCUUUAACAGCACGCGAACCAUCCUAUUGUGCAGGAAGGUUGAGGCGCCGGUCUUCGCGCAGACCAGGGAAUGGGGUCGGCUCAACCGUUCCAUACACGGUGACAAUGCACCUGCGCUGCAAAGUCUGCCUGUAUCGUAGUCAGUUCGGUCGUGACUCCCCAGUACACGACCG